AUGAAUCGUCAAAGAACAGCACUUGUCACGGGCGCGUCAUCGGGAAUAGGAUAUGCCACUGCUCUUGAAUUUCAAAAAAGAGGGUACAAAACAUUUGCAUGUGCAAGACGGCUCGAACCAAUGGCAGAUCUCGAGAGAGAGGGGGUUACCGUAUUUCAAUUGGACGUGUCAGACUUAGAGAGUGUUAGAAGAGCCAAGAGGUAUUUGCAAGAAGCAACAAAUGGCUAUUUAGAUGUGCUAUUCAAUAACGCUGGACAAUCGUGUACAUUCCCUGCCCUUGAUGUGACAGAUGAUCAAUUUACUCAGUGUUUUCAAGUGAACGUUUUUGGUCCAAUAAGAAUGACAAGAGAGCUUGCUCCGCUUCUUAUCAAUGCAAGAGGAGUGGUGGGCUUCACAGGUUCGGUGAGUGGAAUAGUGCCAUUUCCUUUUUCAUCUGUAUACUCGUCGACCAAAAGCGCAAUUCAUCAAUUUGCCGCUUGUCUCCGACUCGAAUUGAAGCCCUUCGGUGUGAAGGUUAUCAACAUCAUUACUGGUGGGGUGAAGACCAAUAUUCAAGACACGAGGCCAUUACCGGAGACCUCCCUCUAUAACGUGCCAGGGAUCAAAGAGUCGAUGGAUGAAAGACGGGCAAUGGCUGCGAAGAAUAAUCCCAUGGAUCCUAAAACUUAUGCCUUCAAAGUUGUUAAUGACUUCGAGAAUGCUUCGCUUGAUGGCAGGCUCAAUUAUUAUAGAGGUCACAUGGCCACGAUAUUAACAUGGAUAAUGUUGUGCUGUCCUAGAUAUUUGGUUGAGCGUAGUUUGGUAAGAAAAUUUCGCUUGACCAACAUAUUUGCCUACCUAAAAGAAAGAUAUUUGAAGCACAAAAUCGAAUAG